AUGUCUGGAUUCAAUAUAGAAACUGUAAAAGAAGGUGACAAAAAGAACUUCCCCUAAAGAGGGGAUUAUGUAAAAGUCCAUUAUACUGGUACUUUCUUAGAUGGAACUAAGUUUGAUUCAAGCAGAGACAGAGGCAAACCCUUUGAAUUCACUGUUGGUGUAUAAUAGGUUAUUAAAUGUUGGGAUGAAGGUAUUUUAAAAUUAUCAAAGGGAUAAAGAGCCAUUUUAACAUGUCCCUACAAUUACGCCUAUGGUGAAAGAGGAAUUCCUGGAGCUAUCCCUCCUAAAGCUACCCUUAAGUUUGAUGUAGAAUUAAUUGACUUUAAAUGA